GAGCGGAGCGGGACGGGGCGCCAUGGGGCGCCGCAAGUCCAAGCGGAAGCCGCCGCCCAAGAAGAAGGUGACGGGGACGCUGGAGACGCAGUUCACCUGCCCCUUCUGCAACCACGAGAAGUCCUGCGACGUCAAGAUGGACCGCGCCCGCAACACGGGGGUGAUCUCCUGCACCGUCUGCCUGGAGGAGUUCCAGACGCCCAUCACCUACCUGUCGGAGCCGGUGGACGUCUACAGCGACUGGAUCGACGCCUGCGAAGCUGCCAACCAGUAGCGGCUGGGGCAGCCCCUGCCCGCAGCACAACCCCAGAUGCCUGGGGGGGUGGCGGGUCUCACGUCCCUGGCCUGAGACCCGAGGGGGGGUCACGUCCCUGCCGCCCCUUCGUGGCAUUUUCGUUACGUUUUCUACCUUUCUGUACCUGGGCACAGGGACUCCAGCUCACGCAGAGACCCAGGACAUGUCCCCCGCCUCCGGGAAUGGGACCCCUGCUCUCGGGGCGAGUCUGGGGGAGGGUGCUUGCCUGGCCCCGCUGGGACUUGUCCCCGUCCCAGGUGCUUAAUUGCCACUCACCAGCGAGCUGCAGGGACUGCACAGGAGCGAGGCUGCAGAGACACGGGGACAGGGGCCGGGCACACAGGCGACGUGUUUCGGCAGAGCCGCCCUUGAAUAAAUGCCCUCGUGGGGCUGGGCCGGG